GAAAGAAUUCAUUUCAAAGAAGAAAAAAACAACAACCAGGAAGUUCACCUGAAGAGAAAAAGCAGCCGCUCUGUCGGAGUUUGAAACUCGCUUUAAGUCUUUAACAGGUUUUAUUAACUUUUUUAAAAACAGCGGCAAAAACAGAGAACAAAGUCUGUCCAAAGUUUGGCUGCGCUCGGAAGGUUUUUAAGAAUCCCAACAAGAUGGACAUUGAUCCGGAGCGAGGAGGUGUGGGGCCAGAGCCCGAGUCUCAGGACAAGGUGCAGACUUUGAAGGAUCAGGUGGAUGGAGUGAAAGAUAUCAUGACACAGAACGUGGACCGGAUCCUGGCCCGAGGAGAGAGACUGGAUGACCUCAUGGACAAGUCAGAGGACCUGCGAGAAGGGGCUCAGCACUUCAAGCAAACGUCUCAGAAAGUGGCUCGCACCUACUGGUGGAAGAACGUCAAGCUGAUCGUGUUGAUCGUGGUGGUCGUCCUCAUCAUCGUCCUCAUCAUCAUCCUGCUGGCAACCGGAGUGAUUCCUGUCGGCGGCAGCUCGGUGCCUCCUAUAGUCACUCCCACCAGCAAGCCCUAAACACACACACACACACACACACACUAAUGUACAUAAUUUAGAUCAAACUCUGAUAUAUCGACCCGAGCAGAUCAUUGCCGUCUGGUGAAACCUCAAUUAUUUCUGGAUAGGUUUCUACUGUUUCUUUUUUUGUGGUCAUACUGUCAUUCAAGAACGCCACACUUAGGUUAAAGUCACUUUAAUGACCACAAACAUUUUAAGCCGCCUCGCAGCACCAGUCCAUCGGAGCUCUUUUUGAAAGAGGUGUAAAAUAAAAACCCUGUCACUGUUAUGAGAGGGCGCCGUGAUUCACCCAUUCUGCGUCCUUAUUAUGAAACUGUUUAAUCACACAAGUUGAUUUCAUCCUUUAAUCCGGGUCAUUAGAGCGGAUUAAUGGGGGUUUCUCCGGCGUCUUAGUCGACAUUAAGGAUAUUUUGAGCGUUACCUCGUACGUGUACCUUUACAGAAACGGUCUGCGUUUUUUAGAAGGACCAAAAAAUGCAGUUUUUCAUGAAGUUUGAAAAUUGUUUUAAAUCUGAUCUAGUUGAAGGUCACGUUGUGUUGAAAGGAAGUCUUGAAUGAUUGUUGGAUUUCUAUGUUACCAUCUGUGGGCUUGUUUACUUUUAAAGUAUGUUACACUACGCAUUUCUUUUUCUAUGGACUCCCAGUUUUUAGUUCCAAGAGAGGAGACAAGAUGACAGAGGAGAGGAGGGGAGAGGAGGGGAGAGGAGAGGUGUUGAACAUCAAAAUUGUUGAGCAGUUAGUUCGUGCUACAGCCUAAUGAGCAUUUCAUCAAUCCUGGACAUAAUCUUGGAGUUGUGCAGUAUAAAUAUCUGACACUACAUCAUUAACAACCCACCAGAGUCCACAGUUAAAUGGUUUUACCACAGUUGUCAUGUGAGGGAAAAUUCAGCCAACCAGCUGAGACGUUAACCCCCGCCCCCUCCUCCAGCCUUCCCAGUUUAUGACUUGCAAACUGGCUGUCUCUCAAACAUGUAGUGGGUAGUGUAGUUUUUUUUUGUCAGCCUGGAGCAAAGCCUUGUGGGUAAUUCUCUCCUCCCCUCUCUCUCUGCAGUUACAGUACUAGAUUACAUGCGGUCAUGAAUCCCUGUAUGAACUGUAAAUAGUCCGUUGUAUAUAUUGACCUCGUUCUUUAACCUACCUGUUAAUUAAACUAGAGGAUAUUUAUUGAAUGAUUUAAUUAAAGUUUUCUCUGUUGUUAGUGAAGUAUGAACUGCUGGAAGCUCUUUGUGAGUUCUCUAUAAAGUGGUCAUUCGGAUCGAUUCUUCCUGAAACUGUCAUUUGAAGAACUACUGUUUGAUUAUUUUCUAAAUGAAGGUUUAAAUAGGAACAGAUUUAAUGUUGUAUAAUAACCUGUCUCUGGGACGCAGCAGGCCUCAGAUCUGUGUCUGUACUCUCGAUCGUCUAAGGCUGUGAGAGACCACGUCACACGUCCGCCAUUUAAAAUUCUCUAAACCGAUGUCAUGUAGCUUAUUGUCUGAUCAGCUGGGUGAGUCUGAUGGUGUUCCUUUGGUUUUAAUGUUCUGAUAUGAAAUAAAAAGUAUUUACCACA